AUGCCUCCUAAGCACAAAAAGGUUGGUCGUGAAAGUGUUUCUGUGGAUAUAUUCAGCAACCUUCCAAGUGAUGUAACUGAUGCUAUUCUAAUGUGUUUACUUUUACGAGACAUUGUGAGGACAAGCAUCUUAUCAAAACGAUGGAGAUAUAAGUGGUGCAAACUUCCUGAGUUGACACUUAAUUUAAAUCAUUUGAGAACGAAUGACUUGAUACCUCCUACUUUGCAGUUUACCAACAUUAUGUAUCACCUUUUGACCCUUCAUGUUGGACCAAUUAUUAAGUUUACCCUUUCUAUUAAUUGUUUCCUGGAAACUUGCCCAGUGAUUGACAACUUGAUAUUUUUCCUCUCAAGAAAUGGCAUUCAACACCUUGUUCUUCAACUACCGAGUGAUGGCAAAUUGCCUUCAUCGGUAUUCAAAUGUUUGCAAUUGAGGCAUCUGAUUAUCAGAAGUUAUGUGAUUGUUUUUCCACCAGCUUUGGAAAAAUUUGAUAGAUUAGUAAACCUUGAACUAUGUUCUGUCUCAAUUUCUUCCAAGUUGCUUGAAAGUUUGAUCUCUAAUUGCUCAUUUCUCCAGCAAUUGGUUUUGAAACUCAGUAGGUUGACAUUGACAAGCGUUGUUGAAAUUAAAGCUCCAAUGCUGAGAUCUUUCGAUUUUAGUGGUAGUAUACAAUAUAUUUGCUUAAAGAAUAUUCCUCUUCUGGCAAAAGUUUCGCUUAUAGAUGAAGAUUGUUUUUCUGCAAAGUCAACAAAAUGUGAUAUUAUCAAUUUUUUCAAGUCUUUUGUUGUUCUCGAGAAUCUUCACUUGAGUGAAGCGGGCACAGGUGGAGUACCAGCAAGGCUUCCGUUUGAUCUUAAAUUUGUCAAACGUCUCCGCCUAUCUUCUAUUUAUCUGGAUAAACAGGAUGAGAUCUUGUGUGCUCUUUGCCUGAUCAAAAGUUGCCCAUAUUUAGAAUAUAUUGACAUUGUGCAGGUGUAUGAUAGUCCUGCUCUGCCAUGUCUUGAACUUGAAGGUUUAUCAGAUGUGAUGUUUAGUCACCUCAAGGAAGUUAAGCCAGAAGGUUUUCUAGCCCCAGUGGUUGGGAUGCAGCUUAUCAAGCUUUUGUUAGACAAGUCACCUGUGUUGGUACGAAUGCUAAUUAAGCCCUAUAUAGAUGAUGAUCAUCAUUGGCAACUGUGUGAGUCUCUUUCCAAAACAAACAAUUUGCUUGCUGCAGUAAAUGCAUUUCGGCGUGCAUUACCUAAAGCAGAACUGAAGCCUUUCUCAAGAAUAUCAAUCUUGUUUUUGCCCCUGGCUGGUAGAAGGACCUGGUCCUCUGCAGAGUACGCUCGUCCAGUGACAAAGUGCGGUACAGCUGUAAAAGCUGUCUGCGUCAGAGAGUUGGUGAAAGCUGCAGAGUACUUCACCAAUCAGAAGCAAGGAUGUUGCUUGUACGUUUGGUAA